AGCGCAGGCGGCGGGCCGGGCCCGGGAGGCGGAGGGCCGGAGCGGGCCGGGCCGGGGAAAGCGACGCGGAGUGGAGCGGGCUGGACCGUAGUUGGGCCGCGCCGGUAGCUGGACGGCGCGACAAGCUCCGGUUCCUGAAGGGGCAGCGCCAUGGCGGAGACGAUCAUAAUCCGCGUGCAGUCGCCGGAAGGGGUGAAGCGCAUCACGGCCACGAAGCGAGAAACAGUGGCGACAUUCCUCAAGAAGGUUGCAAAAGAAUUUGGUUUCAGGAAUAAUGGGUUUUCUGUCUACACCAAUAGAAACAGGACAGGAGAGAUCACAGCAUCACAAAACAAAUCCCUCAACUUACUGAAAAUCAAGCAUGGCGAUAUGCUGUUUCUCUACCCCUCGAGCCCGGCUGGCUGCUCCUCAGAGACCAUGGACACCUCUGUCUCCCAAGGUCUGCGGCCUGUGGGGGCACCCCAGGUGGUGGAAGAUGAGAUCGACCAGUAUCUGAUCAAACAGGAUGGGAAGAUUUACCGAAAUCGAGACCAGCAGCUGUGUCGUCAUGGCCCCUUGGGUAAAUGUGUGCAUUGUGUACCGCUGGAGCCUUUUGAUGAGGAUUAUUUAAACCAUCUGGAACCUCCUGUGAAGCAUAUGUCCUUCCAUGCCUACAUCAGGAAGCUGACCGGAGGGGCAGACAAGGGGAAAUUUGUUGCCCUGGAAAACAUCAGCUGUAAGAUCAAAUCGGGCUGUGAAGGGCACCCUCCUUGGCCAGAAGGCAUUUGCACAAAGUGUCAGCCAAGUGCCAUCACUCUCAAUAGACAGAAAUACAGGCAUGUUGACAACAUCAUGUUUGAGAACCACACAAUUGCAGAUCGCUUCCUAGACUUCUGGCGGAAGACAGGAAAUCAACACCUUGGGUAUCUAUAUGGCCGGUACACAGAGCACAAAGACAUCCCUCUGGGGAUCCGGGCGGAGGUUGCUGCUAUCUAUGAACCCCCACAGAUUGGUACACAAAACAGCCUGGAGAUCCUGGAAGAUCCAAAAGCUGAGGUUGUGGAUGAGAUUGCUGCAAAGCUUGGACUGAGAAAGGUUGGCUGGAUAUUUACUGAUCUGGUCUCUGAAGACACACGGAAAGGGACUGUUCGAUACAGCAGAAACAAGGACACGUACUAUCUAAGUGCAGAAGAGUGCAUCACAGCUGGAAACUUCCAGAACCAGCAGCCCAACAUCUGUCGCCUUUCUCCAGAUGGUCAUUUUGGAUCCAAGUUUGUCACAGUUGUGGCUACAGGUGGUCCCGACAACCAGGUCCACUUUGAGGGGUACCAGGUCUCGAAUCAGUGCAUGGCACUGGUUCGAGAUGAGUGUUUGCUGCCCUGCCGAGAUGCACCAGAGCUGGGCUAUGCCAAGGAGUCCAGCAGUGAGCAGUAUGUGCCUGAUGUGUUCUAUAAGGACAUAGACAAGUUUGGCAACGAGAUCACACAGCUGGCUCGCCCGCUCCCGGUUGAGUACCUAAUCAUAGAUAUUACUACAACUUUCCCCAAGGAUCCAGUCUACACUUUUUCUAUUUCUCAAAAUCCAUUCCCCAUCGAGAACCGCGAUGUGCUGGGAGAAACUCAGGACUUCCACAGCUUGGCCACGUACCUGUCCCAAAAUACUUCCUCCAUUUUCCUAGACAUCAUUUCCGAUUUCCAUCUGCUCCUCUUCCUGGUCACGAACGAGGUCAUGCCUCUGCGGGACAGCAUCAGCUUGUUGCUGGAAGCUGUGAGGACCAAGAACGAGGAGCUCGCACAGACCUGGAAAAAAUCAGAGCAGUGGGCCACCAUUGAGCAGCUCUGCAGCACAGUCGGUGUCCAGAUCUCAGGACUACAGGAGUACGGUGCCAUGGGCGGCUCGACACACGCCGUGUCGGCGGCCAUGUGGGCCUGCCAGCACUGCACCUUCAUGAACCAGCCGGGCACGGACCACUGCGAGAUGUGCAGCCUGCCCCGGACCUAGCCAUGCCAGCGCAGCGGCAGACUCCAAUACAGAGCAAACCCCCGAACAGCAGGAGUGGUGCUUGUCCCUUCCCCGUCCUCCCUUCUGCUUCCCCCCAUCAGCCCCCCCCCGGGGUGCAGAGCCGGGCAGGGGGUGGCUCCAGCCCUCCCCAGCUGCUACUCGCUCCCUUUCAGGGGCAGCCCCAUAGUCGCAGCAGGAGCCGGGCGCCCUGGCUUUAUCCUGACACCGGUCCCAGGCCUGGAAAACCAACGCUUAACCUCAGCCUUCGCCCAGUGGGGCUGGGCUGUCUCCCCACCACCCCCAGCUGCUGUCCUAGCCUGUUCCUGGGUGAGCACUGGGGGCUCUGUGGCCAGCUGGGACACCUCCCUCCCUGCCUGCUUGCCUGCCCGAAGCAGCCUUCCAGCGUAGCAGGGGUGACGGGGAGGCUUUGGCAUCUCCCUGCCCGCAGCUUUGCUCCCCUUUCCCUGCCCGCGUGGGUGGCUGCCGCCAGCCUUGGGUGCCCAGGUACCGACAGCUUUCGCACUAAACGGCCGAGGCAAGAGCGAGCAGACGACUGUUAACAGCGCUGGGCCAGACGGCAGCUCUGCCAGGCUGGGCCCUGUGCGCUGGCUGUGCUCCCGGAGCAGGACUGCCCCCCCCCCGCGCCGCUUGGCACCGGGCAAGGGGUGGGCAUGUGCCAACUCUCGGCUUGGCACCGCUCCCACGGCACGCACAGGACCGAGCCGCGCUCGCUCCCUCUCGUGCGGCAGAGAUGUUUCGGCACCCGGCUGUGCGUGCUGGGGCUAGCGCGGCUGCCGGCUGGGUGAACCCCUGUGUCCUGUCGAUUCACUGCCGGGGGGCUGCGGGAGGGCUGUCCCGUUCCCCCCACCAGCUCGUGUGCCACCUCACCCCGCAGAGAGCGGUUCAGCUCCCGGGGAAGGUGCAAAGCGCCUUGGGCAGCGGCUCGUCCCCUCCUCCGGAGCGAGGCCGUGCGGGGGGAACCACAUAACUCGGGCACCCGCCUCGCCUCCCGCAUACCGUGGCUCGGCGAGGGAGACGGACCCCGCAGCUGGCACCUUCCCCUGUGCCGGCAUCCCUUCUGAGCGCAUCCUCCCCAGUGCGGGGCCGGAGCUGAGGGUCAGGCCGGGCUCUUGCUGCUCUCUUUCCCCUUUAGACCCCAGCUGGGGGCUGCCCUGUGCCAGGGUGCUGAGGGCCAGGCACUGGUGGGGCUGGGGAGGGGGCAGGCAGAUAUUUGGGGUGUCCUGGGGGCUCGGCCCUCCCCUUGCAGGGCCUCUGACCCCCUGCCCUGGCGCUGCGGGUUUGGGCCUCCGUUAAAUCCCUGGGGCACCGGUUCCAGCGCUGCCCCAUGCCCUCAUCGUAGGAGGGAGGGCGUGAGGCCCCAUCCUGCGCCAGGAUGGCAUUGCCCCUGCCUUCUCGGGGCAGGCAGCGUGGCAGAGACCCCCGGCAUUCCCGAGCCUGACGGCCUCCCCCGCCCCUCGCUGCUGCCGGCGAGCGCUUGCCCAGGCUCCGCCGAAGGCCUUCGUCCCACCAGCGUUAGCGGAGCGGCCGCCCAGCCCCUGCCACGGGCCUGGCGGGCUGCGGUUUGCUUUUUCCCUCGGUUUGUUGGUGUUUGGGGUUGCAGCGGUGUGCGGUACCUGGACUGGACUGACCCAGGUGCAGGGUCUGCGAGUAACGUUGAAUAAAAGCACCUGAAACAAGA